AUGCGCACCUGUAUCCUCAUGCCCAUUGUGGCGUUCCUCAACUGGGGGGCCGCCGCCUCUGCAUUGGCCCAUCCUGGGGCUACCGAAGGAGCUGUCCAAUUGGAUAAUAGAGGCGCACCCGAUUGCCAUCUGCUGCAGGAUGGCACGUUGGGCGGAGCGCGAUGUGCGGAUACUGAUGUCCCGACCUUCAAACCUCCCGGCUACGAUGAAGGCGAACCUAAGUCUGACUCUGGUGAUUCCGGCGACCCCCAUCGCAAAAGACAACAAGCCCAAGAUGUCGCAGGAAAUUCCUCAACACCUCUCCCAGAGGCCUCUCCACCGCCCCCGCCCGUAACAGUGACCGUGCCGCUGCUGACACACCAGCAUUCGGCUACAUGCACGCCUUCCGGUACAACAUCGUGUACCAGCACCAGAACUGCAGAGCAAAGUAUCCGCACCCCCGAAGUGAGCAAUCCCCUCCUAGUACCCAUAUAUCACGCCCUAGCUCCCCUAUUCGGUAUCUACGGUCCCGCCCUCGACACCGCCCUAGAUGUGGCGAUUAAUGGAUACGAAGACCCGUCAACGACCACCGGGCCACCCUAUGAAAGUAGAAAGCCGACUCCAACGGCCGUCCCGAACGACAUCAAGCAAAUCCCUGACACACAAAAGGCGGAGACUGAGGGAAAGAUGCGAAUGACUGAAGAACAGGUGAAAGAGGAGCAAGGCCAUGCAUCACUGACGGCCGAGCCUUCCUCGUCGACCCCUUGCUCUUCAGGCAGUGGUGGGCCUACUGCUAACCCAGAUGUGACGAAUCUUCCUAAGAUCCGGGGCAUGAAGCGCAGGGAGUGA